UUCUCCUGGUCUAAUAAGAGGAGUUCAAGAUGGAGGACACAUUGGAACUUCAAUUGACCACUACUCUUUACAUGACCUCUGACCUUAUUCUCUCAACAAACCUCACCAACCUGACCGACUGCACCAACAUCAACUCCAGCUGCACCGUCUCUGGCGUCAAGCUCUCCCCUUACUACCAACACUCUUUGGCCAUAGCAGCCAGCUUUACCCUAGCCUACCUGUUCAUCUUCAUGCCAUGCAUGGUGGGUAAUUGCCUGGUGUGCCUCAUUGUGGUUAAGAACCGUCACAUGUGGACAGUUACCAAUCUCUUCAUCCUCAACCUGGCUAUCAGUGACCUGCUGGUGGGCAUCUUCUGCAUUCCGACUACGCUGGUGGACAACCUCAUCACAGGCUGGCCCUUUAGCAAUGCAGUGUGUAAGUUAAGUGGCCUGGUACAGGGGAUAUCAGUGGCUGCAUCUGUCUUCACCUUGGUUGCCAUCGCUGUGGACAGAUUCCGCUGUAUUGUUUACCCCUUUAAGCCCAAGCUAACCCUUCUUGUUGCUAAGGCAACUAUAGGGCUGGUGUGGGCUCUUGCACUGGUGAUCAUGCUUCCGUCGGCUGUGAUGCUGACGGUGGAUCAAGAGAAGGGUCACUUCAUGGUAUCCAGUGACAACAAAAUCUACCCUCUCUACUACUGCUAUGAGACCUGGCCUGACCCUGAGAUGAGGAAAGUUUACACCAUGGUCCUGUUCACACACAUCUACCUGAUGCCCUUAGCUCUUAUCAUGAUCAUGUAUGGCUGCAUCGGAGCCAAGCUUUCUGCUACAGCUGUUCUGUCCAGCAGCGGGCACCCAGAUAUUAAGUCCCCUAUCUCCCAGAGGAAGGUCAAGGUGGUUAAAAUGCUAAUCGUGGUGGCUCUCCUCUUCAUGCUGUCCUGGCUGCCACUCUGGACCCUGAUGCUCCUCACAGACUACGCCAGACCUGAGGGGGACCAACUGGACCUUCUGACAGGCUACAUCUUCCCUUUCUCCCACUGGCUGGCCUUCUCCAACUCCAGCAUCAACCCCAUCAUCUAUGGCUACUUCAAUGAAAACUUUAAGAAGGGCUUCCAGGCUGCCUGUCGUCCUGGAUCCUGUUGCAGCGUUGUCCCCCAGGAGCAGGUGGUGAGCAAGGAUCAGCAGGGGUGCAAGGCCAGAACCACCCGGGACACAGCCCUCAGCGCCAACCCUCUCACCAUCCGAGGAGUGAGAAACCGCAUCCACACCGACAGCGACCUGACGGGCUGCGUGUGUCUAGAGAUGGAGCAGAGGAAGGCAGAGUCCUCGGCCGAGGCAGGAGGCUGGCGGGGCUCAGAGGCAGAGGGAAGUAACUGUAACGGUGGAGUGUCAAUAAAAAGGGGUGUUCAUGCGGAGGAUGUUGAUGGACUCUCUCCAAUGGGGGCUGCUGUGUGUCAGGCGUGGGAGCAUUGAAAGGUAGUGGGGUGGACAACAACAGUGGGGUGGACAACAACA